AUUUACUUUGGAAAACAGGCCACGGCCGGCACCAAAGUUCACAUCGAAACCCCCGGUGGCCUUGGCUGAGUCCACCCGUGGACGCCGUUCUCAGAAGCACAGAGCUCUGCCAGGAUGAAGCACGUGCUCCACCCCCUGCUCGUCCUCGUGGUCACCUGGGUGUGUGUUGGGAGGGGCCUGCCGGACCAGCUGGAGACAGGAGGGGAGCCGUUGGCCCCCCAGUGGGAGCAGGCCGGUAAGAAGAACCUGAGCAUGCCCCUCCUCCCCGUCGACUUCCACAAGGAGAACACGGUCACCAAUGACUGGAUCGCAGAGGGCGAGGAGGACGACGACUACCUGGACCUGGAGAAGAUCUUCAGCGAGGACGAUGACUACAUCGACAUUAUUGACGCGGUGUCUCCGACGGACACGGCAGCCAGCGCCGGCAACAUCCUCCAGCUCUUCCAAGGCAAGAGCCGGAUCCAGCGUCUCAACAUCCUCAACGCCAAGUUCGCUUUCAACCUCUACCGAGCGCUGAAGGACCGGGCCGGCGCUUCGGAGAACGUCUUCAUCGCGCCCGUGGGCAUCUCCACCGCCAUGGGCAUGCUCUCCCUAGGCCUGAAGGGGGAGACCCAUGAGCAGGUGCACUCCAUCCUGCAUUUCAAAGACUUCGUCAACGCCAGCAGCAAGUACGAGCUCACGACGGUGCACAACCUCUUCCGGAAGCUGACCCACCGCCUCUUCAGGAGGAAUUUCGGGUACACGCUGCGGUCGGUCAACGACCUCUACGUCCAGAAGCAGUUCCCGAUCCUGGAGGACUUCAAGACUAAAGUGCGAGAGUACUACUUUGCCGAGGCCCAGGCGGCCGACUUCUCGGAUCCCGCCUUCAUCUCCAAAACCAACCAGCACAUCCUGAGGCUCACCAAGGGCCUCAUCAAGGACGCUCUGGACAGCGUCGACCCGGCCACGCAGAUGGUGACCCUCAACUGCGUCUACUUCAAAGGAUCCUGGGUGAAUAAGUUCCCAGUGGAAAUGACCCACAACCACAACUUCCGGCUGAACGAGCGCGAAGUGGUCAAGGUUCCCAUGAUGCAGACCAAGGGGAACUUCCUGGCGGCGAACGACCAGGAGCUGGACUGCGACGUCCUGCAGCUGGAGUACGUGGGGGGCAUCAGCAUGCUCAUCGUGGUCCCCCACAAGCUGUCUGGGAUGAAGGCCCUCGAAGCACAGCUGACGCCCCAGGUGGUGGAGAGGUGGCAGAAGAGCAUGACGAAUAGAACGCGAGAGGUGCUCCUGCCUAAAUUCAAGCUGGAGAAGAACUACAACCUGGUGGAGGCCCUGAAGUCCAUGGGGAUCACAGCGCUGUUUGACCACAACGGCGACCUGGGAGGAAUCUCAGACCAGAGGAUCGCCAUCGACCUGUUCAAGCACCAAGGCACCAUCACGGUGAACGAGGAGGGCACCCAAGCCGCGGCCGUGACCACGGUGGGGUUCAUGCCGCUGACCACGCAGGUCCGUUUCUCAGUCGACCGCCCCUUCCUGAUCCUCGUCUACGAGCACCGCACCAGCUGCCUGCUCUUCAUGGGGAGAGUAGCCAACCCGCUCCGGUCGUAGGGGUGGAGCCUGGGCGUCUGCAGUGUCCCGGGCACCCUGUCAUUCUGGGCCCGCUCCGACGAGGGCAGAGACGUUGGACAUCGUGACUUCCAUGGUUUAUGCGAGCAACCUGAACCUCAGACUCACUGAGAGAAGGAACGGACAACCGAGAAGCUGGCCGGGAUGGGUUCGGGGUGGGACGGGCACAGAAGCCACUAACCGCAGCAGGUCAGCGACGACCGGCAUGGUCUCAGCAGUCGAUGCACCUGGUCCUGCCUCCCCCACAGCAAGCCUGGGCCAUGCGUCGUGUCCCCUGGCAGCACCCCUCCUUACACAGGAGGGAGUCACGUGACUCGUCUUCACUUCCCCUGAGGGGGCCGCACGACUAGCACUAUGUCCGAUGCCCAGGGGAAAAGCAACCUUGAUGCACACGAGGGGUGCUCUGAGUGGUAGGGCUUAAUUCUUCCAUGCCCAACCUUCCAAAGAUAUAUGUCACCUGUCCUUCCUAUUGUGACCCCCCCGCUACUCAGGGGAUAGUGUGUACACACGACUGUCUUCUACCCAGAGAUAAAUAAAUAUAGUCACUUUUA